AUGUGCAGGCAAUGCAACCCGUUAUCGACACUUAGCUACCUGCGCACGCGGGGUCGAUGCAUCAUCGUGACCUUCAUUAGCACUCUGACUCCUGAUUGGUCAUUACGAGACGUUACGUUACUUUUUACGAAAAGUGGACAUUCUCAGGAAAACCAACGAAAACAAACAAACAAAAUAUAUGCCUUAGAUAUGCUGGCAUAUGAAAGGGGUCACGAAGUGAUAAGACUGCCUCCAUAUUACAGUCAAUAUAACCCCAUCGAACUCAUCUGGGCUCAAGUCAAAGGAGAAGUUGCUGCAAAAAAUGAUACAUUUAACAUUGCUGAUGUUGAAAUUCUUAAGUAA